GACGGUGACGUCACUUCCGCUUCGAUCUCCCUUUCACCCGGAAGUGGUGGCGCUUCCCUCUGGCUGUGCGCGUCCGACAUGAAGCCGAUCCUGCUGCAGGGCCAUGAGCGCUCCAUCACUCAGAUCAAAUACAACCGGGAAGGAGACCUUCUCUUCACCGUGGCCAAGGAUCCCAUUGUCAACGUUUGGUAUUCAGUGAAUGGGGAGAGGCUCGGCACCUACAAUGGCCACACGGGAGCUGUCUGGUGUGUGGAUGCAGACUGGGACACUCGACACGUGCUCACGGGCUCUGCAGACAACAGCUGUCGGCUCUGGGACUGUGAGACAGGGAAGCAGUUGGCCCUGGUGAAGACCAGCUCAGCAGUGAGGACGUGUGGCUUUGACUUUGGAGGAAACAUCAUCAUGUUUUCCACUGACAAGCAGAUGGGUUAUCAGUGCUUUGUGAGCUUCUUCGACCUCCGGGACUCCAGCCAGAUCGAGAACAACGAGCCUUACAUGAAAAUCCCCUGCAGUGACUCUAAAAUCACCAGUGCUGUCUGGGGCCCUCUGGGAGAGUUCAUCAUUGCUGGGCACGAGAGUGGGGAGCUGAACCAGUUCAGUGCCAAGUCAGGGGAGCAGCUGUCAAACAUCAAGGAGCACACCAAGCAGAUCAAUGAUAUCCAGACCUCCAGGGACAUGACCAUGUUCAUCACUGCCUCCAAGGACAACACAGCCAAGCUGUUUGACUGCACAACACUGGAGCACCUGAAGACGUUCCGGACAGAGCGACCUGUGAACUCUGCUGCACUCUCCCCCAUUUUUGAUCAUGUGGUGCUUGGUGGUGGGCAAGAGGCCAUGGAUGUUACCACGACCUCCACCAGGAUUGGCAAAUUUGAAGCCAGGUUCUUCCACUUGGCUUUUGAAGAAGAGUUUGGCAGAGUGAAGGGUCACUUUGGUCCAAUAAACAGCGUUGCUUUUCACCCUGAUGGGAAGAGUUACAGCAGUGGGGGUGAGGAUGGUUACGUUCGCAUCCAUUACUUCGAUCCCCAGUACUUUGAGUUUGAAUUUGAAGCUUAAAGGAGAGGACUUACUUCUCCUCUUCCCUCUCCUCUCCCCAUCCUGACUGCAGCCCUUCUAAGGUCUGAAGUUGGUCAGCUCUGCAGGAGGCAUCAGGAAGCAGUGAGCAGCAAACUUCAGUGCUGGGGGAAGGGAGAAAGUCAGGAGGGCAGUAAGGGCUGCUACAGGAGGUGGGGAAGGCAAGGACAGGGAAAGCUGCCUGCCUGCCCCUGGGGGUCUUUCCUGCUCUGGUGAGCCUGUUUAUACAUCAGGGGAGAAAAGAAAUUAAAAGGAAAUAAAUAUAAAUCUUUUAUAAACACAAAGAAAAACGCCUCU